AUGGAUGCUCCCGCUGAGCAGACUUUUGAAGAGUCGCACGACACUGCACUCUGUCUUAUACCUCCACCUCACCUUUGGGGCCCAGUCAACUCGCUGCGAUCACUCAACGACGAAAAGUUCACAAAAUGGCCGCCGCAUGUCACGCUCGUCUACCCAUUUGUGAAACCAGAAGCCCUUUCCGAUGCAGCUGAGGCUCUGAGUGGGCUCGAUCUGAUGCCAGAUGGCGACGACAUCUCCAUGAACUUGGAAGAGGCUGGAGUCUUUUCCCAUCGCCGACACAGCACAGUCUUUAUCUGCCCAAAGGCUGGGCAGGAGAAAAGACGUCUUUCAGAGCUGAGGGACCGAAUAUACCGCUUUCUUGGAUGGCCCAAGGGCAGAGAAUACCAGCCUCAUCUAACAGUUGCGCAGAGUGAAGAUACUCACGCAGCAUGGCAUCAAUUCCUCCUUGAAAAAGCACGGCUUGUAACGCCGCUGGCAUGGAACACUCACCGGCUCGCAAUAUUGGUUCGCGAUCCCGUUUCUCCGAAUAAGAUGACAGCUUCGCGGCCAAUGAGGCUCUGGGGCUAUAUCGAUCUGGCGUCAAGGUCUCUUGUACGCGAUCCGGCGACCUUGGCCGCAAUCCCUGAUUUACCACAGGAUAGCUCUUUGCCAUCUCCUCAACAUACAUUCCGCUAUGAUGGCAUAAACGCGUCAUGGAAGCCCCUUGAAGACAAUUCUACGAACACAUACGAUGAAACGAAACGACCUGAUCGCCUUGUUGUCGCCUCUUAUAAUGUCUUGGCUGAGUUCGACUGGCCGCCCAGUUCAACUAGGUAUCCUGAACUUGUUAACAAUAUUCUCUCUGGGCGCGCCUCAGCCGAUACCCUUGUUCUUCAGGAGGUAACGGAUCACUUUCUCAGCUUUCUGCUAGCAGACAGCAAUAUUAGACAGCAGUAUCCUUUCUCUACUCAUGGAUCUCCCCAGCAGCUUGGCAUUGGCCCUCUACCCAGUCAUCUGAAUCUCGUGGUCCUCAGCAAAAUUGCCUUCCAGUGGAAGUAUCUACCAGCCGCAAAAAGGCACAAAGGGUUUGCCAUUCUCACGCUUCCAACAAUACAAAUUAGCGAAACUUCAGACUCUGAUCCAGCGCCACUGGUUCUAGCUGCCUGUCAUCUUAGUAGGGGCUUAACAGAUACUGCUCUCAAUACGAAACGAGAUGAGAUAUCAACUCUUGUCGAAUAUUUGAAAUCCUCCUUCCCUCAGAGUCCGUGGGUCAUUGCCGGAGACUUCAACUUGGCCUCAUCGUCACGCACGAUUGAUGAAGGACUGGAAAAGAGUGAAAUUUCGGGAAAGGGUCUCGAAUAUCUUCAAGAAAUUGAUACCAUUGUGGCAAAGGCUGGAUUCCAAGACUCAUGGCUCAUAACUCGAGUUGGGCCUGGAGAAUCUUCAAGCACGACAGGCAGCCAUGAAUCAAGCUUGGGGCUCUAUGAGGGCGAACAAGGAGCUACUUUUGAUCCAACCUCCAAUGGCCUUGCUGCAGCUUCCAGUGGCGUUGGCAACAGCCACCCACAGAGAUAUGAUAGAAUAUUGGUCAAGAAAUGUGCGCAAUUGCGUCCUCAUGGGUUCAACAUGUUCGGUCAGCAGGCUGUCAGUGAAAUUGGAAACGCCUCUCAAAGUUUUGCGAGCGACCAUUGGGGCAUUCGCUGCCUUCUUACGCUGUCACCUCGCGAAGAAGGAAAUCUUGCACAGUCUAGCCCCAACUUUCAAGUCAACCUCCAUAAAGCUGCCCUUUCUUUGGGUAACUUCGAGGAGUUGAAGGCCAGUCUAGUUUCCAGCGGCCAGUUCCCUACCACCGCAGAAGCGAAUCUGAGAAAGGAAGCAAUCGAUCUCCUUCAAAGGAUUUUGAUCGAAGAAGAUGCUACUGCCGCAGUCGCUGAAACGCGCUCAAAAGUGCAACUUGUUCUUAUCCCAGUGGGAUCGUUUGGUCUGGGUGUGUGGACUGACUUGUCAGAUAUCGAUUGUCUUUGUGUAGGCAACAUAAGCACCCGCGUGUUUUUCAACUUGGCAGUACAGAAGUUGAGAAAAGCCUCUGCCGAAGGUGUGAAAAUUCUCCGGCGUGUAAUGGCAAAUACUGGGACAAUGCUUGAGCUGGAGAUUCGCGGCAUCAAGUUUGACCUUCAGUACUGCGCUGCUGCUGCCAUAGCUCAGGGGUAUCCGGAUGUUCUAAAACGACCUUCGUCGGAUCCUGUCUUUGCUUUGCCGCUCCAAACUUUGGCAAAGCUAAAGCCCGCAAGGGAUCUCUUUUAUCUACGGAGAUCCAUCCCUGAUAUGACGAAAUAUCGUGUGGCACAUCUCUUCAUCAAAGCAUGGGCACAAUCGAGGGGCCUUUACGCAGCAAAAUAUGGUAUGCUGGGCGGAAUUCACAUUUCAUCCAUGUUGGUGCCUAUCUGCAAAGCAUUGGCAAAUGAAUCCGAAGCAGUCUCCACAGCCGAUAUUCUGACAACUUUUUUCCAACACUACUCAAAGUUCAACUGGGAAACAGGGAUGGUAUUCGAUCCAUUUUAUCACCUUGGAUUGAAAUAUCAUCGCACAUUUAGGGAGCCAUUGUGUCUACUUGGCUGGCAUGGGCCAUCUCUCAAUGCUGCAUCCACUGCAUCCAUUUCUACUGUCAAUGCUCUUACUUCUGAACUCGUCAGAGCUGCAGCUCUGUUCCAUCAACAAGAUGUGACAUGGAGCCGAUUUCUCGGCCUGGAACAAUCUGCCACGCCAUUGACUUUGAUUGAGAAGGGAGCUGCUGAUUUUCUUAAUUCAUAUCGAUCCUAUAUCAAAAUAAGUGCUCGCUACUGGGGUUCCUCUCAACAAAAGGGAAGGAAAUACCUUGGCUGGCUAGAGUCUAGGUGUAUAUCUAUACUUGUUGAUAUAAGCCGAAAAUCUCCAAGUCUUAUACCACGCAUGUGGCCAGCCAGAUUUGCAGACGAGGACCCGACAAACAGUACCUACGACCAGACUUCGGAACUCAACGCUUGCUAUCUAGUAGGUCUCAAAUGGGACGAGAACGUUAGUGAUAAAUCCACAACGAGCCUAGCCACUGCAGAGGGGAACGUUCAUGUGAUCCUUCAAGAAUUUGAAUCACGCAUCCAGAGGGACGAGAAGUACUUUGACACCGAAUCAUGUUGGAUGAGCGCAUCCCUUUCUCGUCGAUCUAGCCUUGGUUCUGUGCGUCUUGCGCCUAGCCAGCUAUACGAUUAUGAUGCCGCCGAUUCGGACCUAGACGAAGACGUCGAUUCGGAAGAGCUAGACGAAUCAGACAGCGACAUCUCUGGCGCCAACAAAGACUCUCGAGCAACAAAGACAGACUCUUCAAAGCCUUUGCUCAGAGCUGUCAAGCCGCCGGGAGCAGGAAAACUCCGCAGUGCCAUUGACGCCCUGAAUCGAAUCCGUUGGGACGUUUCCAUGGAUUCCAGCGACUACCUGGUAGGAUAUGAGGACCGCUUCAUCGGAGCUCAGGAGAAGGCGUUGGACAGCUGGAAGGCUGAGCAAACGGACGAAGAGUUCAUUCCACAGCAUAGAAUACUGUACUUCAAACGCAAGAGUGAUGGAGUGAUUGUAUGGGAUAGAAGGUCACGAGUAGACACCAUUUUUGGUAGUGGAUAA